AUGCACAACAUGCAAGCUCGCUCCGCAACACCUUUAUCUGCACGCACACGAAGCAACUUUACAGCAUUCAGGUCUCCCAGUGAAAACCCAUGGAAAGACCUGACAGAUGUUGAGACAGCAUCUGUUGUGCAAUGGCUGUUCCAACAGCCUGAGCUAAACCUAACCGCCGCCAAUGACGCCGGGGAGUGGGAUAAUACAAUUACCCUUGUCGAACUGAUGCGUCCGAACAAGUCCGAUGUGCUGCAGUAUCUGGACCACGAUCAACCCCCUCCCACGCGUUAUGCACAUGUUGUGCUUGACGUACGUGCUACUCUCGACCCAUACUACGCCGAAAUACUGGUUGGACCUCUGCCGGUUACCGAUCAAUCCGCCACCACUUGGGUGCCACUUGAAUAUCCUUACACGCGCAAAACACAAGGCCGCAUACGCAAUCUUGACGCUGACCACGACACUAUUCACUCUGAAUGGCUUUACAAGAUCAGCGCUUCGAUCGCCGACAUCACUCUGGACCUUUUCAAUGGCACAGCCUUAGGUCUAGACAAUGAUACCAUCAGAAUUUCAGGGAUUGACCCCCUCAGCAUUCUGCCUCUGGGAUUAUUCUUCAAGUCCGACGUCACAGGCCGUGAUCCAUCCAAGUGGAAGCUCGAGGGCUGGUUCUACAACAACACAUUCUACGAAACCACCAACGCUUUUCGAAAGGCAUACUACUCCCCAGGCUUCGUCAAGCUACCCUCCAACACCGAAGGCGACUGGGCACGAACAGAUCAACAGGGGCCAAUCCUCCCAGAAGAUCAAAAGCAGCCUCCAGUCAUGGUUGCCCCAUCAGGAGCACGGUACACUUUCGACACAGACCAAAAAUACGUAACCUGGAUGGGCUUUUCCUUCUAUAUCGGCUUCUCCCGCGACACCGGUGUUUCCAUCUUUGACGUCCGCCACAAGGAACAACGCAUUCUAUACGAGCUAGGGUUACAAGAAGCUCUGUCACACUACGCAGGAAACGACCCCGUCCAAUCCAGUACCGCAUACCUAGACUCCUACUACGGGUUCGGCCCGUACACAUUCGAGCUCGUCAAAGGCUACGACUGUCCAAUAUAUGCCACAUAUCUCAACACCUCCUUCUACGAGUCCGAAUCAACACACACCCACAUCGACAGUCUCUGUAUCUUCGAAUACGACGCCGACUACCCCAUCCAGCGACACACCACCCCAAGCUACGUCUCCACCACCAAGAACAUCUACCUCACUCUCCGGUCCGUCUCCACCAUCGGCAACUACGACUACACCAUCAGCUACACCUUCCACCUCGACGGCACCAUCGGCAUCGAUGUCCGCGCCUCAGGCUACAUCCAAGCCGCCCACUCCGCCCACAACACCAACUACGGAUACCAAAUCCACUCGGCCCUCUCCGGCUCCAUGCACGACCACAUCCUCAACUUCAAAGCCGACUUGGACAUCCUCGGCACCGCUAACUCCAUCGAACUCACCUCCCUCGGUCCCAUCACCACCACAUACCCGUGGUCCAACCCCAACCAACCACAAAACACAAUGCACCUCGCCCGCCGCAUCCUCUCCUCCGAAACAGAAAGCCGUCUCAACUUCAUCUCCCCCAACUCACAACAGACAACAACGCUCAGCAUCAUAAACCAAGACGCCCGCAACGCUUACAACGAAUCCCGCGGCUACCGUAUCCUCCCCUCAUCAUCACCCCCCUCCUCCGGACACCUAACAAUCAUCAACUCAAGCACCCUAAACCACGCAGCCCACUGGUCCGAACACGACAUCCAAAUCACCCAACACCACGACCACGAACCGCGGUCCGCACACCCAUACAAUAACCAAGACGUGUAUAACCCCAUGAUUAACUUUAACGAGUUCUUCGAUGGUGAGGACCUUAAUCAGACGGAUCUGGUGGUAUGGAUCAAUCUGGCAAUGCAUCAUGUUCCUACUACCGGGGAUUUACCGAAUACGGUGAUGACCACCGCGGUGGCGGGGGUGAGGUUUGUGCCGGGUAAUUAUUUUCCGGGGGAUCAGAGUCGCGGGACGGUGAAUAUGCUUAGGGUUGGGUUUGGAGAUGAUGAGGAUGUGGUGGAGGUGGAGACGUUUGGGCAGGCGGGGGAGAGGGUGGAGGUUGUGGUGAGGCCGGUGGAGGAGGUGCUUUGGGGGUGA